GUUGGAACAGUGUCAGUGUUGAGCUCUUCUCAUCUGCACGUCUCAGGAAGAGGGAACAAUGAACCUGUUGAUUUCACUUUGCAUUCUUUGUGCGACCUUUAAAGGUUUGUGUGAAGGCGCAGGGCUGUUGGUUGACGAUCUGCUGAAUGCACCUGUAGGAGGGAAGGUGCUGUUCACCACAAACCUGACGCCACAAGAUCCACCUGUGAUUUUCAACUCUGUGAUCUGGAGCUUUGAAACUCUUCAAAGCAUAAUAACCUCGCUCCCACAUGUGAAUAAAACUACACCAGGGUAUGAAGGCAGGAUCACCCUCUUCAUGUCUACUGGAUCCCUGGAGCUCAGGAAUUUGGCUCUUAAUGACAGUGGAGAAUACACUGUUACCAUUGUAACACUUGACGGUGAAGCUCAAACAGGAAGCACCAAACUGAUGAUAUAUGAGCCAGUCUCCAAUGUGACGAUAACAACCAGCAGCCUAGACUUGGUAGAGUUCAUCAGCUCUGUCCAUCUGUCCUGCUCCUCCUCUGGAACCUCGCUCUCCUUCCUCUGGCUGAACGGCAGCUCAGAGGUCACAGCCAGUGACAGAGUUCAGCUCACUGGUGGGGGCUCCAAUCUCACUAUCUUCAAUGUUACCCGUUACGACCAUGUAACGCUCAGGUGUCGUGUGGUAAAUCCUAUCAGUACCGGCACCAGUGAUCCAGUGUUCCUCUCCGUCAGCUUUGGCCCAGAAAAAACAAGUUUAAAUCUGUCUCCAUCUGAACAUUAUUAUGAGGACGGCUCGAACGUCAACCUGACGUGCUCAGCUGUCUCCAGUCCUCCUGCUCACUUUCAGUGGAUUGGACUGUCUGUUUCUGGACCAGAGCUCCCACUGCUCAACAUGAAUAUGAACCAGACUGGGAACUACAGCUGUCAGGCCUUUAACAACAAAACAAACAGAAGUCAGACAUCUCAGCCUGCAUUCAUCUCUGUGCUACAGCCAGUCUCCAAUGUGAUGAUAACAACCAGCAGCCUAGACUUGGUAGAGUUCAUCCGCUCCGUCCAUCUGUCCUGCUCCUCCUCUGGAUCCUCGCUCUCCUUCCUCUGGCUGAACGGCAGCUCGGAGGUCACAGCCAGCGACAGAGUUCAGCUCACUGAUGGGGGCUCCAAUCUCACUAUCUUCAAUGUGACCCGUUACGACCAUGUAACGUUCAGGUGUCGUGUGGUAAAUCCUAUCAGUACCGGCACCAGUGAUCCAGUGUUCCUCUCCGUCAGCUUUGGCCCAGAAAAUACACGUUUAAAUCUGUCUCCAUCUGAACAUUAUUAUGAGGACGGCUCGAACGUCAACCUGACGUGCUCAGCUGUCUCCAGUCCUCCUGCUCACUUUCAGUGGAUUGGACUGUCUGUUUCUGGACCAGAGCUCCCACUGCUCAACAUGAAUAUGAACCAGACUGGGAACUACAGCUGUCAGGCCUUUAACACCAAAACUAAGAGAAGUCAGACAUCUCAGCCUGCAUUCAUCUCUGUACUCAAGCCAGUCUCCAAUGUGAUGAUAACAACCAGCAGCACAGACUUGGUAGAGUUCAUCAGCUCCGUCCAUCUGUCCUGCUCCUCCUCUGGAUCCUCGCUCUCCUUCCUCUGGCUGAACGGCAGCUCGGAGGUCACAGCCAGCGACAGAGUUCAGCUCACUGGUCACAAUCUCACUAUCUUCAAUGUGACCCGUUACAACGAGGGAACGUUCAGGUGUCGUGUGGUAAAUCCUGUCAGUAACAGCACCAGUGAUCCAGUGUUCCUCUCCGUCAGCUUUGGCCCAGAAAAUACACGUUUAAAUCUGUCUCCAUCUGAAAAUUAUUAUGAGGACGGCUCGAACGUCAACCUGACGUGCUCAGCUGUCUCCAGUCCUCCUGCUCACUUUCAGUGGAUUGGACUGUCUGUUUCUGGACCAGAGCUCCCACUGCUCAACCUGAAUAUGAACCAGACUGGGAACUACAGCUGUCAGGCCUUUAACAACAAAACUAAGAGAAGUCAGACAUCUCAGCCUGCAUUCAUCUCUGUGCUACAGAGAAUAUCAGGCACUUCUGUCAAUUCCACAACAAACCAGGCAGUUGAGGGAAACUCUGUGAACCUGACCUGUGAGGCCGCUGGCUCAGUCUUCAGCAGACAGUGGAAGAAGGACGGCUCUGAUCUGAUCCUGACCAACAACAUGACACUUAACAGAGAGGAGAGCGUGUUGUCUUUUCAGUCACUGAAGAGAACGAACAGCGGAAAAUAUUCCUGCAUAAUCACUAACCCCAUCAACAGUGUUGAAGCUGAAUACAACAUGGUUGUAAACUAUGGACCAGAUGGUGUCCAAAUCACUGGUCCACGUGAGAUUAAUGUGAAACACACCUUAACAUUAACCUGCUCCGCUGACUCCACACCAUCGGCUACCUACACCUGGUCUCUGAACACGACAGAGAUACUCAGUGAUUCUGCCGAGUUCACCAAACCCGUCACUGAGUUUUCUGACAGUGGAUCCUACACCUGCACAGCAACGAAUAAUGUAACAGGGAGAAGGUCAACCACAGUGCAUGCAUUGUCCGUGACAGACAAUCAACCUCCAAGAUGUAACUCUGGUUGCAUUGCUGGAAUAACAAUCGCCUGCUGUCUGAUCGUUGGACUUUGUGCUGGUGGAUUGUAUUUUGUUUCUCGAAGAAGGAAACAGCCAACAAAUCUGUCUCAAGGAGACACCAGAACAGGAGGUGGAAUCCAGAACAGCGUGGCAUCGUCAAGUAAUCAGGACGUGACCUACGAAAACAUAGAUUUCAUAAAAAGCCAAGAUGGUGGGACGGUGCAGCUGAGGUCAAAGUGAACAACAGGCUUCCUGCAGCAUCCUCCACUGACGCCCAUGUGGAGCAAAUGAACGAAACCGCUCCCAGUGGAUCGAUGGAACAGGCCAGAGGCAGAGAAAGUGUCACCAGACCAACACACACUUCCCUGUCCUUUGUUUGUUUGCAUAAUCUGUAACAGUUUUCCAAUAGUUUCACUUAUUGCUUCAUCUGCGCUCUGUCAAUGCAAAUGUUAGUUAUUCAACAUUGUAAUAAUGUCCAAGAGGUUGUUUAUUAUACAUGCAAUACUUUUUCAUUUUCAUGACUGACUCCAGUGUUUCACCAUUCGGCAUAAAAUAUUUCCACUGUCUCUUAUGUUUACAUUAUAAUCAAAGUCAAGGGUUAAUGAUGUGUCUUGACAGAAUCAUGUGAAAUUUUGCACAAGUGAUGUGAUUUGGGUUGACAGAGGUCUCAAUGUUCCCUGAUUUUUUUUAUUGAAAUAAUUUAAUGUUAAUAUACUGUAACUAUGGAUAAUGGUUUAAUGUUACACUGUGCAGUUUGUUGAUUCACGCUGAAGAAAUGCUGUUUUACAACCUGAGCUCUUGAAUCAGAUUGUGUCACCAGGAUGUGACCCAAUAUGCACACACACACACACACACACACACACACGACUGUAGUUAAUCAUGGCUAGAGAUCAAAUUCCCAUGGUUGAUCUCAGCUGCAUCAACACUUUUACCACACCACCACACCUUGUUUAUAUUGCAACGUCAUUUAUUUACCUGUAACUUCUGUGAGCUUCUGCUUGACCUGAAUCUGUCACAUGGAAGUGAACGUGUGAGGAAUGUUUGACAGAAAUAGGAUUGUGAUACAUUUCCUGAUUAAUAAACUGCUGUUUUCAGUCGCUGA